AACUACAAAACUAAGGACACAAACAUAUAAAAUGUAACAAUCACAUUUACAAUGACAAAAACUAGGCUUCCAAUGAGGUGAAAUUGUAUCAGUGUCCUCAGCUUCUGAAGCAUCUUCUUCACUUGAAUAGCAACAUCCACACGAGAUGCUCUGGAAGGUGUCUGUAGGUGUGCUCUGCUCCUGAAUCUUGGUAACUAAUUGGUUAUACGCACAAAGGUUCACAAGGCGUCACGGCGCACUCCGACUCUCAUUUUCUUUCCCGUCUCUCUCUCUCUCUCUCUCUCUCACUCACUCUCUCUAUCUCUUUCUCUCUCUCUCUCUCCGCUUUAUUCACGCGGUGUGAGUCUUCCGCGAUGCAGAGAGAGACCCUGGGAGCGCGCAGAAAAUGUCCGGGACCACCGUCAAUUACGCCAGCUGUAAUGACUGUCUGCCAUCAGCGCAGCACGCAAACUCCACGGACAUGUACGCACAUCCCCACUUGGAUGAAGAUGAUGAACUUCUGAAGUACAUCUGGAAAGAAUACUUGCAUCCCAAACAGUAUGAAUGGGUGCUCAUAGCUGGAUAUAUUAUCGUUUUCCUCGUGUCUCUGGUCGGAAACACCUUGGUUUGCUUUGCAGUUUGGAAAAAUCAUCACAUGCGCACAGUGACCAACUACUUUAUCGUGAACUUGUCCUUUGCUGACAUUCUGGUGACAAUCACGUGUCUUCCUGCAAGUCUUGUGGUGGACAUUACAGAAACCUGGUUCUUUGGACAGACCCUCUGUAAGAUAUUACCAUAUUUACAGACAAUCUCUGUGUCUGUGUCCGUCCUGACGCUAAGCUGCAUUGCCCAGGAUCGCUGGUAUGCUAUCUGCCAUCCCCUGAAGUUCAAGAGCACUGCCAAACGAGCCCGCAAGAGUAUCGUCUUUAUCUGGCUGGUUUCCUGUGUGAUCAUGAUUCCUCAAGCCAUAGUUAUGGAAUGCAGCAGUUUGCUCCCAGAGCUCACCAACAAAACCAACCUAUUCACUGUGUGUGAUGAACACUGGGGAGAUGAAAUCUACCCAAAGGUCUACCACACCUGCUUCUUUAUUGUCACUUAUUUUGCUCCGUUAUGUUUGAUGGUUUUGGCAUACAUUCAAAUAUGCCAUAAACUCUGGUGUCAACAGAUUCCUGGAACAUCAUCUGUGCUUCAGAGGCAAUGGAGGUCGCUGCAAUGUACAACCCAGUCUACAGGUUCUGGAGAAUCAGUUAAGGUCAGAACCAGCACCGUUUCAGCUGAAAUCAAACAGGUUAAAGCCAGACGAAAGACAGCGCGUAUGCUGAUGGUGGUACUGCUUGUCUUUGCCCUCUGCUACCUGCCCAUUAGUGUCCUCAACAUCAUGAAAAGAGUAUUCGGGGCUUUUAAGAACACAGGUAAUAGGGAGACUGUGUAUGCCUGGUUCACCUUUUCACAUUGGCUUAUUUACGCCAAUAGUGCCGCCAACCCAAUUAUCUACAAUUUUCUAAGCGGUAAAUUUCGGGAGGAGUUCAAAGCGGCAUUUAUCUGUCAUUGCUCUGGCAGAGAUGAGACGCACAAGGACAGAGUUCGAGGAAGAACCAGCACAGAUAGCCGCAAAUCUCUCUCCACUCAAGUAAACAAUCUUGACAACAUCUCACGGAUAUCCGAUCAGGCCGUGUAGCAUCGUAGCUGGGAAGAUUAAUUCAACAACUGCUGACCACCAACCCAAACCCAGAACAUCUGUGUGCCAUAUGCUUUGACCUGUGAAAUGAAACUUUGAAAAGGCCCAUUAGCCUCAGAAAAUUACACACAUUUUUCUGUCUCAAAUAAGAGCGCACAAACCUUCAGCAGAAUUGACAUUUUUACCCUCUGAUGCGAGAGUUAUUUUCUGCUCACAGCUUGAUUGGGGUACAGCCACAGGUGAUGAACCUUAUAAUCCUUCAAGAUGAUGUGCGUGAAGAAUCAUCUCUGAAAACAUGUUACCAUGAGUCGAAUAGGUGACACCGAAUAGGUUAUUCGGAAAGGCACAGAUAAUCAAAUAACAAAUUCUACUAAAUAAUUUGAAGGAAAUUGACCCUGAGGUACCCCAUACUUUUCUAUAUUGUUUUAGUAUUUAAAUUUGAAAUACAUAAGCUAUUAAGAAGCAGCAUGAGGACUGCUGACUGUCCUCUAACUGUGUCGUGUGUGUCCAGGUCUACCAAAAGAACAGAAAUAGAGGAAAUAUAUAUAUAAAACGGAAAUAUAAUACUAUCGUUUCCUCACCCCAGUGUUUGUUCUUGGAACACACUAUUUCCAAGAGUCUAUGUUUGUCCAUGCAGUGGACCAGAAUUGAGCUUUUAAAUUAUUGACAGGCACCAAAUGACUACAAAACUAGUCUAUCUCAAUGUUUCUGAAGACAGCAACAGCUUUCGUUGAGGAAUGGAUCAUUUCAUCAUCUUCUCAUCAUGAGAAAACUGUUUGUUUGAGUUUAUUUAUUUUUCAGUCUAAAUGAAUCAUUGAUGAAUAGUACUGAUUUGAUUUUCGAGUUCAGCUGAUCCUGCUGUUUUAGCUCUUUUCCAUAAUAGUAACAAUUUUCCUUUCAAAUGCAAUAUACGUUUUUUAAUGAGGAUAUAUUUUAGAAAGAUUUAUUUUAUUAUAAAAUUAACUCUUCCAUGAGUUUCAGUAAACAAGGCAUAUUUGUUGAAUUAAAACCACAAAUAGAACAGAAUUUCACCAAUGUGUUUCAUCCGAAUAAAGAUACAGAUCAUUUUGAGGAUUAUGUCACCCCUAAUUGCAGUAUGAUUCACUUUAGGGGUUUUCACACUGCGCUUAACCCUGGGUUAUCUUCAUUCUAAACCCCGCUUUUAACCCUGGCUUAAGGAGCGUUUCACACCUGUAAUUUGAAUGCGGUGUUA